CAGACCUGACAGAAGAUGACAGCUGGCAGCUGCAUUUGUUUAUGGGCGUAAAUGGUUGGCUUUGUUGUGAUCUGGGAAAUCUGUUAUGCUUCAUGAAAGCAUGAGAUAAUUGACGAUUGGAGAAAUGGCCAGGGAUCGUAAAAACAAGGUUAAACGUUGCAAAACAAUUCGGUUGAAACAUCGUAAUAGAAAACACUAUAAAUUCACUAGCAACGAAUUGUUGGCUGCAAUCAAUAAAGCAAAAGAUCUAAUUAAAAAUCCACCUGAGAAAUCAAAAUAUGAGUCCUGCAAGCGUUGGUUCAUGCUCUCUAGUCUUCCUGGGUUGAAAUCUGGUCAUCAAAAAUUUGCACAUACGUACUUGGUACAUGAAUUGCGAAAAUGUCUCCUUAGGCAUGAUUGGUAUGGAGCAUGUAAAAUCCUGCUUGUGCUGGUAGAUGGACCUAAAUAUCUUUCCACAAUUAUUUGGAGGUCGUGCAUUCUAGUUUUGAAGAACCAUCCAAUGUCAUCAUCUGACAUGCUGAAAGAUUUUGUCCGAAUGAGUUCAGGAUCUGAGGAACUGGAUAUGCUAUACUGUUUUAAAUGCUGAUCAGGAGCCAAAUAUUUUGGUCCAUAUAGUGAAUAGCAAUAGUUUGAAUGUGCAAAUGAGAAAAGAUGGUUGAUGAUGUUUUGUAACUGAGUCAGAGCAGAACUUUUGCCUGCUGUAAAUACAUUUCUGUAUAAAAUAUU